UUUGCCUCCACAACAAGUAACGAAACCAGAAAAAGCUCGGUAAAGGAAACAGGCGCUUUCUACCUGUUUUUCUUGUUUUCUUGGGUAAAAGCCAGUAAGCCAUGUCGCUGGAAGCUUAUGCUUCUGCUAAACGAGACGAAAUCCACACUGACGUGCUUUUGCAAGCCAGGCAAGCUUGCUACAAGGCUCGUGAUGCAUUUUACUCUUGCUUGGAAAAACAUUCGGACAAGAAACCCACUGAAAUCGGAUCAGUGGGGCUCUUAUAUCCCACUGAAUGCAAACCCUCCAGGGAGGAUUACGUUAAGAAUUGUCGAGUUUCUUGGGUGAAGCAUUUUGAUAGGCAGUACUGUAAGACCAAGCGAACGCAGAGGCUGCUUGAUGAUAAGGAAACGAGGAGAGGGGUGUAAGGCUUGUGUUCGGCCUCUGCUGAAGAUUGGACCAUCCUGGUCUAUCAUUGGCUGAAUCUUGCAUCCUUUAAUCAAAUUGCUGAGGUGUCUCCAAUGACCUGGAGUUAAGAUUUUGCUGAGCCAUUGUGGGGUUUUGUUGAUUACUUAUAUUCUAUCUGUUGUUGAUUCAGGCAUACCUAUGAAGAUAUGUCUGAGUAAGGUUUUAAUUAUGAAUGAACAUCUUAUGCCAGCUGUUGACUUUCCAUAUUAUCCCUAUUAAACUUGCACUUGUACCGAGUAAAUGUUAAGCUGACUUCUUCCUCUUACUGCA